AUGGAACAUCCUUUCCUGGAGAACUCCUCAGAUGACUUCUGCAACACUGUGUUAUCGCAAUUUUGCAAAUCCAACAACGAGCACCACGUGCACAUUUGCACUGCCAUUGGUACAAUGUCACAGGAGCUCAGAGACCAGAGUUUUCCUCUAACGCCAAUUGCGUACUUCGGUGCCACUUGCUCUGCACUUCAAAGCCUUUAUACUGCGACUCCUGAAGGACCGCCAUCCCACCUUAUUGAUGCUCUUUCCACAAUUUUGUCUCUCGUUGUUCCUAGAAUAAACCAAGCCAUUUUGAGAAAGAAAUAUGAACAUUUAUCUCAUGUUAUGAUUCAACUUCUUGGAUUAAAGACCAUUGGUACCGAAGGGAUUGUUUCGUGCUUGAAGUGUGUUAAGCAUUUGCUAAUUGUCGGAGCUAAGGGGAACUGGUCUGAUGUUGCUAAACUCUAUGGUGUGUUUAUUGGUUAUAUAACGGAUGAUCGGCAAAAGGUGAGAAAGGUUGCACAUAAUUGUCUUUGCGAUGUCCUGCAAAACAUUCAAUCAUCAUCUAUGCUUGCUCCUCUAUUGGCACCUGCAAGUGAAGCCAUCACAAAGCUGUUUGAAAGUUCCCUUCUGCUUGCAGGAGGAACUACUGUAAAUGCCUCUGAAAGACCCAAUGGAGCACAAGAAGUUUUACAUGUGCUGGAUGCUCUGAAACUUUGUCUUCCAUUUAUGUCUUCAAAGUACCUGAAUAACACUUUGAAGUACUUCAAAUCUUUAUUGGAAUUGCGUCAGCCUCUUGUUAAUAGGCGCAUCACGGAUGGUUUGAAUGCUAUUUGUAUCCAGCCAACAGCAGAAGUAUCCCCAGAAGUGCUUCUGGACCUCUUGGAUUCAUUUGCUACUUCAGUUUCUGCAAAUGUGUCAUCUGCUGAUACUUUGACAUUCACAGCUCGCUUGCUUGGCAUUGGGAUGAGAAGAUCGAUGAAACAACAUAAAGAUAUGAGCAUAUUUUCUACUGUAUAUGUAUAUUAUGAGGAGGAACAGGAAGUACCUAUAGAGGAAAUAUUUGUUGUGGAGACUUUAGCUGCGGUGUUAAUGAAUUUUGAUCAAGACGGUAUUGAAGAUGAUGAGGAGACUGUAUAUGCCCUGACAGGAAUGGGGUCUUAA